UCUAUGGUCAAUAGAACGUCAUUAUUUUCGCGCCAUUUCAAUAAAAUCAUUUUUUAACGUAUAUCAGUGAGACUACAGAUUUGGCCUAUUGAGAUCCACAUUGACGUUUAAUCAUUCAGAUUCAUCUGUAUUCCUUAUUCAGUAUCUCUAAUAUAAUAACGUUAAACAUUUAGUUGGUUAUCAAAUCCUGCAAACUACAAAAGGCAAAGUUGUCCACCAUAAUUGUAUCCAUUAUUCAAACACUGUUACAAAGUUUUCCAACAUUUUUAAAAAUAUAUUUACUGGAUUCAGGAGAAUGUCGUCUCAUCGUGAUGUAACUUUAAGAUUCACACGUUUAACCGAAAAUGCAUUCCCUCCUGUUAAAGGUUCUGAAAAAGCAGCCGGGUACGACUUAAAAAGUGCCUAUGAUUACAUUGUUCCAGCAAGAGGGAAAGAGUUAGUUAAAACAGAUUUGCAAAUUGAACUUCCAUCAGAAUGUUAUGGACGAGUAGCACCUCGUUCUGGUUUAGCUGUUAAAAAUUUUAUAGAUGUAGGAGCUGGUGUUAUUGAUGAGGAUUAUCGUGGUAAUGUUGGUGUGGUUUUAUUCAAUCAUUCAGAUCAAGAUUUUAUUGUUAAGAAGGGAGAUAGAAUAGCUCAACUCAUAUGUGAACGAAUUUACUAUCCAAAGUUGGAAGAAGUUGGAGUAUUAUCUGAAACAAAUAGAGGUGAUGGAGGAUUUGGGUCUACUGGAACGAAAUAAAUUAUGCAUUAAAAACAACAAAUCUGAG